AUGAGACAGCGCACGGUAUCGCGGUCCCGCGCGCGCAGUCAGAUCGGCAUCUCUGCGGCAGAGGAGGAUGAUCUGCGGGUGGGCUUGCAGCGGUUUCUGGACAAGCUACGCCAGCACCAGCCUCUCUUCACCGAGGAGGAUGUGACGGUCAUUUCCUUCCCCCCAGAGGGCAGCAGUAGCAGCUGUGUCGGUGGCGGCUCACCUCACUCGUCCGCUGCCACGUCGCCGCGGCACUCGCCGUCUCGCGCCGACAACGAGGAGGCGACGCUGGAUGGGACCCUCAAGGGCGGCAGCUCCUCUCUGUCGAUGGCCAAGAGCAGAAAGGUCCCUGCCGCGUCUUCCACCACAACAGGUUCACCGACCUUCGCCUCUGCCAGCAUCAUCGACCUAGACGUGCCACUCUCUGCGCCUCUGUUUCUCACAGCCGUGAACAUCUUCGAGGCAAAGUUGCUCUCAAAGAGCAAGCGGGUGUCCACCGACGCGCUCAAACUUGUCCGACAAGCCUACGCACUCGUGUGGAGAGAUCCAGGCUACCUGGCGACGCACAUGAACGGAGAUCCAUACUUGGCAGGCGCUAGCAGCACUGGCUCCUCCACACCACCACCAGAAGGUUGGAGCCGCAGACCCGGCUCCGUGCCUCUAGCCAGCUCUCACAGUAAGCCCCACUUGACGUGCCAAGCCCUGUUCUCAGCCUCCGCGCCUGCGCCGACACAGCGACCGGACAGGCGGCUGGCGCUGCAGCUGGACGAGUGCAUUCGAACGCUGCUCGUGUACGCGAAUACGUCGGUGAACCUUUGCCAGAGCGUCUCCACGAACUCGCGUACACUUCUACUGCUCGCCUUUGUUACCUGCGCUGCGCGGCGCCUGGAGGAGGAGGAUGACGUGCCGUACGGUGACGGCCCAGGCUCAGCCGCGGACAUCGUAGUCGGUAACCGAAACCUGCACGCCGAGAUGAAAAAACUGGAGAGCUUGUGGCGCAGCUGCGGCAUCGAAGGACGCGUCGCAGACUACCUGCGCGAAUGCUACUUGGUCGAGUUCCUGUUAGAUGCUGCGCUGCCCCCGGCGGUGUGCUCGGCGCGCUACGACGGCCUGCAGAUGGCUGUGUACGAGAAGAAGCAGCGUAUCAUUGCGGAUGUUGUGGCGAGCCGCUCUGGGUUCGCGAACAUGAUGCGAAUGGCACCGCUACGAGGCUUGUGCGGUCUGGCUAACAUGUCCGCCUUUGGAAGCUCGAAGUUGCGGGCGAGGCUACUGGACAAGAUGGCGUCAGAGGGGGUUGUGGAGCGGCUGGCGGCAGAAAUGGCUGCAGCGAUGGAAGCUGUUCUCGCGCCCGACACCGCCACCGCGACACCGGCACACAGCUCUACAAAGCGGCCGCGCCAGAGCGUAGUGUACGGCGGCUCACCUGUGCACCAGCGAUCUCGCGCCGGCGCGUCCAGGUCGGCGAGUCGUCGAGGAUCGCUCGAUUCUGUCUCGCCUGCCGGCAAGGAGCGCCGCGCGAUGACGAUCGCGAGGGCUUCUACAUCCUUGGAGCGACUGUUGGACAGCGACCCUACCCCGGUGGAGCGCAUUGGUCAGUGCGUCGAUAUAUUGAUGCUGCUCACAUGCCCGGAUUUGCGGCCGCCAGAGGGCGGAGAAGAGUCCCCGUCUCGCUCGUCGACUUCGUCUGCGUCGGGGGUAGUGCGUUCCACCACGUGGGCCUCCCGUGAUGCUGCGCUGCAUGAGAUAUGUUUGUAUCUCUUGGCUAUCUGCUUCGUCUCCAAGACCCAUGCGCGGUACGCGGAGUUGUCGUCGUUGCAGCUCUACGCGGCGGAUUGCAUGCUGCAGUGCGCAGCAUACAGCGGCGCCUUUUACGCCAUGGUGGUGCACGCCAUGGAUGUGCUAAUUGAUAUGAUGGAGUCUAUGUCUGCCGCUCCAGUCCCCAGCGGCCAAAGGACGCCGCCCUCGUCGCGAAGAGUGUCGUGCUCUCGCCUCGUGUCGCCUCAAAAGAGUGUGAGAAAGGAUGCCGCGGAGGGAGACCAGCUUGACAACGAACGCGGCCGUCGCGUGCUGCAGCAGCUCCUACCCGGAGAUGAAGCCGGUCUGCUGCCGUUGCUAACCAAUUUGCUGCAAUACACGAUUCACGCCCAGGCAAAUGCCAAGUCGAUACGGCGCUGGUUCGGCUUCCUAGCGGAUCGGUUGCUGCCGGAGGUCUUCGAGGCUCCACAGCUCACGACUGGGCGGCGCAGCAGUGCUGCAUGGGGACGUCAGCAGCAACAGGAGCAGCGGCAGCGCUCGCAAGCGGACAGCCGAGCUUCCCGGCUGCCUGGGGCACUGGGAAGCGGUUCAGCAGCUGCCGGGGAUGGUGCCUUCGAUGUGCCGGUACUCGCUCGAGAUCUAACGCGAGCGGAGGUGGUGGCGGCUGCCCCGUACUUCUGCUUUGCGCGGCGGGCUGUGGAAGAGACGAGCUGGCGUGAUGGAACGGAGUCGCUCUUUGCCAAAGUGGUGCUCUUGGCCUUCCACGUCAUUGUGACACAGGGGCACCGGUGCAAUCUGCUGUUUGGGCAGGCGUGCGCCUGCUACGACGUCGUGGCCCCUGUCCUGCUUCUGCGGUCCUCGCAGAGCGACAACGGCGCCAGCCCCGGAAGCCGAUCGCCGCGCGGCAGCCGGCGUUCGUCCCAGAGCAGCACGAGCGCCACGUAUCGGCGCAGCACCCUCCUUAUGCAUCUAAGGGAGGAGGAGAGGGCAUCGAUGCAGGGACAUUGGCACUCCAACGAGGAGGGAAGCGAGGACGGUGGUGUGGCGGGGUCGGAGGAGAGAGAAACCAAGGGGGCGGACGAGGAGAAGGAGGUGUUCAUUGGCUCGACUAUCAGGCGGCGGUCGCUGUCCACUCGCCAGCGUCAGCGCGGGAGCCCGGUGAAAGGGAACGCUGUUUCGGCUGAGCGACAUUCGCUGGCGACAAAGGCUGGCGAGGACGAUCAGGGCCUUUCUCCCUUCAUACGGAGCCCCAGCCGCUCCCUCGUCUUCUACGAGGCUUGCUCACCGAGCGACACUGAGGCGAACAGCGACAGCUCUCUGGGCAGCAGAGGUAGCCACCGGCGACGGAGUUCUGACGGCGGGAGAAGUCUCGGGGGUGCAUUAGACGAGGCAGCCUUCGCCACACCCACCGCAAGCUUCACCUUGGCAGAGUCCCCGGAGGCAGUGACGCACUCCUGGACUGGCCGCUUGUCGCUGCGCUCCUUGCUCUCCUCGAUCGGCGGCCACAGCGAAGCGCCGCUGCUGGACACGAAAAAGCGCACAUAG